AAGGUAAUUGAAACCAACCCUAAGUUCUUUUUAUUUCCGCCCUAAAGAACGCCUCUGACGCGUUGAUGUGCAAAAUCUUCCCCUCUACUCUUCGAGGUAAUGCCCGAACUUGGUAUUACAGUUUACCUCCGAGGUCAAUUAGCUCGUAUACAGAAAUGGCAUCUGCCUUUGCCACUAAGUUUUCUAGUAGAAGGUUGAUUAGGAAAACUACUUCUCAGCUGAUGAGAGUUAAACAGAGAGAUGGAGAAUCUCUGAAGAACUAUAUGAGCAGGUUUAAUGAUGCAGUUUUAGAGGUUAGUUCCUUUGAUCAAGCCAUGGGGAUUGCAGCUGUGAUCUCCGGUCUUAAGCAUGACAGGUUCAGAGAUAGUUUGAUCAAACAUGCUGCCACCACCUUCAGUGAGGUGAACGAUAGGUCUCUGAAGUUUAUAACCGCUGAGGAGUAUGCCCUGACGCAAAACCCACCCCCCACUAAGAACCAGAACCCAGAUUGGAGAGAUGACAAUCUGAGCCGGAAAAGGAUGAGGAUGGCGCAGAACCGAGGUCCAGUGUUGACCUCCCCACCGAGAUUCGGAAGGCUGAACUCCACACCCCCGCAACAAUCUGCAGGUAAACCUCCAGUUAAUUGGACUCCCUUUAAUCUGCCGAGGUCACAAAUUUUUAUGCAGAUCAAAAAUAAGAUGGACUUGAGACGUCCUGGCCCAAUGCGAACUGCUGCUGCUAGUCGAGAUCAUACCAGAUAUUGUGAUUUUCACCAGGAUCAUGGCCAUACUACAGAACAGUGUAAUAGUUUAAAGUCCGAACUGGAAAGUUUAGCUCAGAAGGGAAUGCUGAAUGAGUAUGUUCAGAGAACUGAACAGCCGAGAUUUGUCAGAGAACAGAGGUCGCAGCCUCAAGGAGUCCGCAAUCCCCCAAAUAGACAAGGUGUGGGAUAUCAGCAAGCCCCACCUCCGCUCCCACCACCAACUAGAAUCAUACACAUGAUUACGGGAGGCCUUGAAGAAGGUGGACUGAGCUCUAAGCAGCGAAAGCUGUAUGUUAGAGAGGUUAAACAUCAAAACCGAGCUCAGAAGUGGAAGAUUGACGAUGCUGAGUGGAAGAAUCAACCCAUUACUUUCACAUCUGCUAACCUCGACACAGUUGUUACACCCCACAAUGAUCCUCUAGUCACUUCUGUCAUGAUCAAUAACUGUGAAGUACAGCGUGUCCUUGUUGACACUGGGAGUGCACCAGACAUCAUGUACUUCCACUGUUUCGAGAGUCUGGGACUAGAUCCAGCAUUGUUGCAGAAGUAUGAUGGUCCUAUUUAUGGUUUCAACAACCAACCUGUUCCGGUAGAAGGAGUUCUUACCCUCCAUGUGGCUUUUGGGAGUGGCCGGACCUAUGUAACCCCUUCAGUCCGGUUCCUCGUCGUCAAGAUGGGGCAGAACCCUCAAAUCGCCCCCUGACAAAUAUGGGUAGGGACGGAUCCACCCCUCAAAAAAAAGCAGGGACAAAUGA